CAGUUCGAGACUGGCUGGUCUUUGGUCUUAUUUGGCAUUUGGAGUUGACUUCCUUUUUACUUUUUGGUUACCGCGAAGGCUUAUACAUACUGGUUGCAUACUGGAGUCUGGAGUCAGGCACUUCUUCAUCUUCUUUCUUGGUACCUGGCAUACCUCCAUCGUCAUUGUGUUUCCAUUGCAUCACAAUUCGCAUGCAGGACACUGGCUUUGUAUUGACACAGCUCGGUCGUCGAACCGGCCUUUUCUUUCCUUUGUUAUGUUACCUCGUUCUACGAAAUCUCACGGGCUUCCAUUUGGCUACAGAAUGUUCACUAUAUACCCCAGCACCCACAUCUAGGUGGGCAUCGUCCAAGAGGCGGCUAUCUGGCGUUUUCGUCGUCAUCUUCUUUCUUCGGCAUUGUAUUUCUAGGGAUGGGUUUCGGAUUCAGGGACCAAUGCGGAAGGAACGGGCUUGUAUGGGGUGACCGCGGCCCCGCUUAUGUACACUACAGUCCGGAUGUAGAAGGAAAUGCAAGUAGCAAGCAAGCUUGCCUAUCA